UCGUGUGUUUGUGUCUCUGUAUUCGUGCAGUAAAAUGGCAGAAGCCAGAUUUUCUCAGGAUCAGUUGACGUGUCCAGUGUGUCUGGAUCUCCUGAAGGAUCCAGUGACCAUCCAGUGUGGACACAGUUACUGUAAGAGCUGUAUUACAGACUGCUGGGAUCAGGAGGAUCAGAUGAGAGUCUACAGCUGCCCUCAGUGCAGACAGACCUUCAUUCCAAGACCUGAUAUAGGGAAAAACACCAUGCUGGCUGAACUGGUGGAGAAACUGCAGAAGACCAAACUUCCUGCUGACUGUGACGCUGGAGCUGGAGAUGUGCAGUGUGACGUCUGUACUGGAACAAAAUACAAAGCCAUCAAGUCCUGUCUGGUUUGUCUAAACUCUUACUGUCAGAAUCAUCUUGAACAACAUGAGAGUUGGUUUAAAGGAAAGAGACACAAUUUGACUGAUGCCACUGGACGACUGCAGGAGAUGAUCUGCCAGAAACAUGAGAAGCUUCUGGAGGUUUUCUGUUACACUGACCAGAAAUGUAUAUGUGUCCUGUGUAUGGAUGAACAUAAAACCCACGACACCGUAUCAGCUGCAGCACAGAGGACAGAGACCCAGAGUUUCCAGUCUCUCUCUGCACCUCCUGAAUCUACAGACGAAAAUGACGAUCCCUUCAGUUCUUUUGUCUCUUUUGAUGACCUGAAAGAAUCUGUCCAUCAGCUGAGAGACAAACUGGAGGAUUUCUGCAAAGAGGAGCUCAAGAAGAUCUCAGACAGAGUCACAUCCACCAACAUUGUUCCCAGGACCAGGAACGACUUCCUACAAUAUUCCCAUCAGCUCACUCUGGAUCCAAACACAGUGAAUAAAAGCCUCCGUCUGUCUGAGAGCAACACAGUUGUUACUAAAACUGGCACAGUCCAGUUGUAUCCUGAUCACCCAGAAAGAUUUGAUCAUUGGCCUCAGGUGUUGUGUAGAGAGAGUGUGUGUGGACGCUGUUACUGGGAGCUGGAGUGGAGUGGAAAUAAUGGUGUGUAUAUAUCAGUGUCAUAUAAGAGUAUCAGCAGGAAGGGAUCGGGUAAUGAGUGUUUGUUUGGACGUAAUGAUCAGUCCUGGAGUUUGUUCUGCUCUCCCUCCAGUUACUCAUUUGGACACAAUAAAAUAUGGUCUGUUCUCCCUGUAAAGUCCAUCAUCAGUAGAAUAGGAGUGUUUGUGGAUCACAGUGCAGGAACUCUGUCCUUCUACAGCGUCUCUGACACAAUGAACCUCAUCCACACAGUCCAGACCACAUUCACUCAGCCGCUCUAUCCUGGGUUUGGUGUUUAUUCUGGAUCAUCAGUGAAACUGUGUUGAUGAGUCAGAAUAGACUGAUGAGAGAUUCCACCCACAAUGCUUUGAGCUGAUGAUGAAUCAGUAACAGUGAGAUGUUAUAGAGUCUCUUCUUUUCUCUUCAUGACAUUAAUACUGCAGCUGGACUUCUGUCACUGAAAUAACAUGUCAGA